AUGGCCAAGAAUCAUGAUGCAGUGGUUGUCAGGCCCCUACGACAUAGGGAUCCUACCAUGCCAUGCGACGAUCUUGCCAACUCUUCAGACGAAGAUCGCGACCCUUUACUAGACGAGCUUGAUACUCAUAUGCUACCAAGCUCCGCAUCGAAUGGGCUGAGAACUCUGAAUCUACCGGGAGCAUCGAUUGUUGCAGUGAGUGGCCAUCCACAGCCGGACUCAUACUAUUUUUACCAAGUCGAUAUGCCGUGGAAGGCCCGGUCUUAUGACUACUGCAAUUAUCCAGUCAGAGUUCACACGCGGGAGAUUAGACGGACUAUAUUCUCGGCUGUAUGGGAGAACUUGCCAGCCCAGGCGAAACCGGUUGCAAAGGGCCUCCUGCCCGGUAUAUCCGGCCAAUGUAGCAUCAAGCUACGGCAUACCUACGCACCGACCUCUAGAGGAUUGCAUUUCGAUGACGCCGUGCUACUCCUCCGUGCCUUGCUACAAAAGCUGGGAGGAGAGAAAGGUGGAUUUGCUUGUUCGGGGGAAGGGGGGAAGAGCACGAAGAGGGCAGCAGGCAAAAGGAUUAAACGCAGACCAGAAGAAGCAAUUGUCAGAUGGCCGCCCGUCGAAACGGUGACUAAUGCACAAUUGGGGUCCGCUGAUUGGCUGCCACCCCAGCUUCCCCUUCUAGCAUCCAUCGAUCCCUGCCUCGCGCUGGCCGAUCAACUGCCCCGGCGAUUCGUGUUCUCAUUCUCUCGUGCUUCUCGUUCGGUUUUCACGCAUGCUGACUUGGGCGCCUUUUUGCGGCCCUUUUUUCUCUCA